AUGGCCGCCCUUCUUCCGUUCAUCCCAGAGAGCCCGCUGUGGUACGUGCUCAAAGGCCGUCGUACGGAGGCCGAGCAAAGCUUUCGCAGAAUCAAUCAAAGCAAGCCCAGCUACGACCCAUCAGAGGACAUGGCGACUGCUGAGAAUGCGAAGAGCAUAGAAGAGCACCAUGCUGAGUUCUCUUCCUGGGGAUCUCUGAUAACGGACCCUAUCGAAAGACGCAAGCUGACAUACUCCGCUGGAGCUAUGUUCGGCCAACAAAUCUGUGGCAUUCUGUUCUUCUACGUUUACGGCGUCGUCUUCGUCCAGGCUACUGGAUUGGGCGACCCUUUUCUCGUUCAACUCAUCACCAACAUAGUCCAAAUCUUUGCCGUGGGCGCCUCGGUAAUUACGGCCAACAGAGUGCGCCGCCGUGUCAACCUCAUGAUCACCAACUUUAUGAUGCUGGUGGCUUUCAUCAUAAUCGGUGGGGUCUCGAUCAAGCCACUGAAAUCUUCAACGCAAUACGUUAUUGUAGUGUUUUCCUUCGUUGUCGUGGUUGGCUUCAACUUCGGUCUUGGCCCCCUUGCGUAUACCGUCGCUCGAGAAAUGGCAGUCGGCCCCAACCAGAGCAAGAUCAUGUCUGCGAGUAUCGUCAUCUUCUACCUGACGACCUGGGCAGUAUCGUUCACCGCGCCGUAUCUGUACUAUGAUGCCGGGCUAGGCCCGAUGAUCAAGUUUGGAGAUUUCAAUGUUCUUCGCUGA